AUGCUUUCACUCUCAAAGGUCGGCGUCCUCGCCAUUGGUCUGAUCCCAUCAGUCCUGGCUUGCUUGGGCUGGGAAGGUGGUCUUCCCACUCCAACGAGCUCAAAGUCCAUUUCUGCGCCUAUUAGGAUCGCAGCUGGACAAACUUUCGAUGCCGGAUGGGUCAAGUAUGACCGUGGUUCUGGCGCUUGCAAUAGUGGUGAAGGAGGCGACGCUGACGCUGUUUUCCUUCUUGAGUCUGGAGCUACUCUUCAGAACGUCAUCAUUGGAAAGAAUCAGAAGGAGGGCGUGCACUGCCUUGGUCCCUGCACCCUGAGAUUCGUUUGGUUUGAGGACGUCUGCGAGGACGCCAUCACCGUCAAAGGAGACAAAGCCGGAGACCACUCCUGGAUUAUCGGAGGUGGUGCUUACAAGGCCUCUGACAAGAUCGUUCAGCACAACGGCUGCGGUACCGUGAACAUCAUCAACUUCUAUGCCAAUGAUUACGGAAAGGUCUACAGAUCAUGCGGCAACUGCAGCAGCCAGUGCAAGCGUAACGUAUACAUCGAGGGCGUAACUGCCCGCAACGGUGGUGAAGUCGCUGGCAUCAACCUGAACUACGGAGAUACUGCCACUCUCAAAAACGUCUGCACAGAUGCUUCCCACCCCUGCGUUUUCUACGAUGGAUGUGCCGGAGGCUGCGAGCCGAAGAAGGUCGGAUACUGCUCCGGAUAA